AUGUCCGACAAAUCAGGUGGAUUCUUCUCAUCGAUGGGCCGAUUCUUCUCCGGCGGCAGCAGCACUAAAAGCAAAGAGCCCGUCGAGAAAUCGUCCGAAAAACAGCAUUUACCAUUACAAAGUGAAACGUCGCCGUCUGCAUCGGCUGCGUUUCUCAAAAAUGUCAUUGACACCGAGUCCGACGAGUACAGUACGUUGUUUUUGCCAUUGUUCAAUUGAAAUUGGUGAAAGCCAGUUGAUUUUUACAAUGUUUGGACCAAUUUCACAGAAAUCUCCAGUUUCAGACGACGUCACGCCACCAACCAUCCGCACCGGUCACAAUCUACGAUAUCUAAGCCCGUCGGCACUAGAACGCAGAGAUAAUGACACCACAAAUGGCCUGGAAAUCGACGUGGAGCCGGCCAGCGACAUCUUUUUCAGUACACCCUCUGUUGGCACGGUAAGUAUGGGCAAAUUUGAGAAAAUGCUCUAAAGAUUUUAUUUUGCAGAGUCGAAAACGGCAGCUGACCGAACUCGACAAACAGCUCCUUCCGCAGUCGUUCCGUAGCGACUCGGUGAAGCGAAGCCGCGGCGUGCUCAACCGUUCACUUCUGGAGCCCACUCUCCGGCUCAACGCCUCCUCCAUAGUCGACAAACGGCUCGAUCAGACGUGGUGUGGCGAGUUGGCGGCCAAUCACUCGCCCGCGAGCUCCGUCACCAACUUUUCGCUGCUCACCCGCCGCUCCGAGACGACGACGAACGGAUCGCUGAGCUCGCGCACCCAGCAAAUGCUCAAAAAGCUCGAGGGAGCAAACACGCCGGCCAAGGAGAUACAGAGGAUGUCGAUGCUCCGUCCGGGACUCGCGCGCCCCGAAAAAUGGGGAAAUAUUGGGGAGAAGAGCGAAAAAACGACCGAAUCGCAAGCGCCGCCCCUGAAAAAAGCGGCCGACGCUAUUCCGUCACGCAUUCAGCUCAUCUCAAAGUCGAUGGCCGUCGCGGCACAACGUACGCCCUACUGGAGAGAUUUGACGCGAAAACGCGCGGAAUCGACGAAGAAUGGACAUGGAAGCGGCAGUUCGGACACGCAUUCGCUGAAAUCGCUGAAUGGAUGCCUCGCCUCCACUGAGGUACAGUUUUGCAGACGAAAAUUGAAUUGACACUUUUAGGUGGUUUCAUGGGAAAAAUUGCGCAGUUAGACAAAUUUGUCACAAAUGGGGCUUAAAAUUCAGUUGUUCAGCUAAAAAUCGUCAUUUUUGCAGCUGAGCUCCGUCUUCACACUCGACGCAAUCAACGCGCCGCCAACAACGAAAAAGUCGUCGACCGAGUCGAGUUCGCGCCGAUCGCACGUGCAAAUUCUGAAGGGACCCGACGGAAAAGUAGUGGGGCGGAACACGUUCAAACUGACGGACGAGGACGACGCGGAUCUGAAUGCCCAACUGCCCCCGCUGCCAGAAAAAGUGCUUUCCAACCCGCAACCGCUCAAAUUGGCACCCGAAUCUGCGCCGAAACGCGGCUUCCUCGACAAUCUCUCGUUCACCUUCUCGGCGCCCGUCGACGUCAUCUCGACAGCGUCUUCGAAGUCCAAAAAGACGUCGGAAUCGUCGGAGAAGUCCGAGAAAUCCGCAAAAUUCACGGUGAUCGAUAGCGAUUCGGAUGACGGGGAAAAGGCGAGUUCGGAAAGCUCGGAGAGCUCGGAAGGAGAGGAACAAGAGUGUGGAGAGGAAGAGGAAGAGGAGAAAACUCGGCCACACACGUCGGCCGACACGAUUUCCACGGCCGCCGGAUCCAACAACGGAAGCUCCUCCUGCGAAAGCUCCAAAGAUUCGUCGCCGGAAGUGACCAAAAAGGCGCCAGAAGUCGUGAAGGCUCCAGAAGCUCCAGCAUCCUCAACAUCAUCGUCGUCGGACCGAAAACCAUGGGAUUGCCCGGAUUGUUUCGUGUCGAACAAGGCCACGGAUGCGAAAUGUCCGUGUUGCGGUCAUGAAAAGUACAAAUCCGCUGAUGGCGCCGCCUCUUCGAAUCCGUUCGGAGCCAACGCCUUCAAGCCCACCUCCACGGCUUCUACGAUGUCCUUUGGUUUUGGAGGAUCUUCGGCUUCCGCAGCGCCCAAAUUUGGACUUUCUACUGCUCCAGCCUCGUCAGCAGCUCCUCCAGCAGCUCCGAUUUCAUUUGGAGCACCAAAACCGGCUACAGAAGCUCCAGAAGUCGUCGCCAAAGCUCCAGAACCACCGAAAGCUCCAGUGUCCUCCGAUUCUUCAUCGUCGGACCGAAAACCGUGGGAUUGCCCGGACUGUUUCGUGUCGAACAAGGCCACCGAUGCGAAAUGUCCGUGUUGCGGUCAUGAAAUGUACAAAUCCGCCCCGGGAUCUACUUCCAAUCCGUUUGGAGCCAACGCCUUCAAGCCCCUGGCGCCGUCUUCGACUUCUUCGGCGAUUUCGUUCGGUUUUGGAGCAUCUGCACCAAGUUCAGCGCCGAAAUUCGGAUUAUCGGCGGCACCGCCAGCUCAAGCAGCUCCGGUAGCUCCAGCCGCUCCGCCAGCUCCAGUAGCUCCGGUAGCUCCAAUUUCUGCUCCAGCUCCAAUUUUGCCGAAACCAACCGGUUCGCUGUUUGGAAAUCUUGCUCCAGCGGUCUCAGCAGCUCCGACCACUUCUACCGUACCCCUCUUCGGCUCCACCGCCCCCGGGGCCACUGGAAACCUCUUUGGAGCACCAAAACCGACCGUCGAGCCCGUUAAAGCCCCAGAACCGUUGGCUCCGAAGCCGAGUCUCUUCGGAACCGCUCAACCACUGGCUCCAGCUGCUCAACCGUCGCUUUUCUCGUCUCCAUCGCUUUUCGGAGCGUCGAAACCCGUUGUCGAGGCUCCGAAAGUGGCUCCGGCUCCGACGUCUUCGGCCUUUUCGUUUGGCGCCUCCACCACCACCACAGAAACCGCCGCCGCCAAACCGAGCAUCUUCGGCUCAAUCGCCGCGCCGCCGGCUCCACUGGCCACCUCGACGACGAGUCUCUUCGGAUCGGCGACUUCCACCGCCAAACCGGCCGACUCCACCACGGCCCCAUCGACAAUAUUUGGAAAGCCGAUUCAAUUUGGCAGCGAAACGACGACAACCGACGGCGGAGCGAUUCCGGCGAAGCGCGGAAUGUUCUCGUUGGAUAGCGCGUCGAAUUCGGCCCCAAAAUUGACGUUCGGAGGCCCGAGCGAGCCGAAAAAGAUGGCCGAAUCGACGUUCGGCGGAUUCUCGUCGCAAACCUCGUCGCUCUUUGGACCCUCCUCGACCGCCACGACAUCUGCCGUACCGUCCGCGGCUCCGUCCCUUUUCGGCGCCAACUCGACGUCUUCGAUUCCGCCGUUCGGCUCGGCUUCUUCGACCGCCGCCGCCGCUCCUUCCGCACCGUCUGCGUUCGGAGGAGGACCCGCUGGCGGACAGACGAUCGGAUUCGGAGCCGGCAGCUUCGGGGGAUUCGGCGCCAAAACCACGCAGCCGGGCAUGUCGACCAGCUCCUCAACCAACUCGUUGUUUGGCGCAGCGACAGCCGACUCUUCCUCCAAGUUAGUACAUUUGAAAUGUUUAGGUAGUUUUUAGGAUAGAUCCAGCAAUUUUCUGGGAACAGGCAUAUUUCAAACAUUUUCUUUAAAAAAAUUACCUCUGAUUGCAGCCCGUUCGCCUUGUCGUCGUCGACCGGAACGAACGGAGGAUUCAAUUUCGGCGGCGCCUCCUCGUCCACGGGAUCCGCGGGCGGCGGAGUGUUCCAGUUCGGACAGACUUCGGGUGCUCCGGCCGCCGCUGCUCCUGCUGCUGCUCCGGGCGCUCCGUCGCCGUUCCAGUUUGGAACGAAUCUCCCGCCGGCGCCUGGAAGCAUGGACAAUGCGUUCACUUAUCAGUCAGUCUUUUGAUUUAUCAUGAGCAAGACUAUUUUACAAAUUUUCAGAGCGCCAAGUGGAACUGGAGGAGCCCGAAAAAUGGCGUUGGCUCGACGACGAAACAUUAGGAAGUGAGAAAGAAGAAGAAGAAGCAGAAGAAGGAGAAGACCGGGACUGAAAUAACGAUUUUCGAUUGAAAAUGUAGAAACCUUGUUGCAAUUAUACCAUUUUUUUUUGUGUGCUCCCCCCCUACGGAAGAGGAUUUUUGACCCGAAGAUGCUAAACACAUAUCGCCCAAAACUGUUCAUGCUUAUCAGAUUUUUUCUAGAAUUUUUUUUAAUUCUCAAUUUUUCGGCUCUUCUCCUCUACCCCCAACAUUUCCAUUGUUUUGCCCGGUUAAUUUUGGCCCAGUUCGUCGCGAGAUCGAGAAAAAAAAUGAUUUCAGCUAAUAUUAUUAUCAAAUCAGAUCGAGAAACUGUCAAAUUUAUGAUGAUCCCCUUUAAAAAAAUGUCAAUUCUGAAUAUUAACCCCGUUUUGCUAUUAAAAAUUGUGUCUCCCGGCCCCCCACAGAAAAUCUAUUCUAUUAUUAUUAUUAUAUUCAAAAUAUAUACUCAAAUUCGCCGUGCGCAAAUUUUUGUUGAGAAUGUUUAAACAUUAGUUUUGUUUUCCACCUUUUUUUUUGUGAAUUCUCUCCCCAGCCCAGCCCCGCCCACACACACACAUUUCCAGUGAUUUUUUGCUCAAAUCAAACAAAACUUUCACCAUCAUUUUUUUGUAUUGUUUUUCGCGCCCCACCUGGCAAAUGAUGAUUUGAUUGAAAAAGACGGUAUUUAGGAAACAUAUUUUGUACCCCGAGAAGGGGAAUGUUAAAAAUGAUUUUGGAUUAAUUGGAUUUCGCUCAUUGCUGGUGUCCCAUUCUCUUUGCUAAUUUAACCACACGCCCCUCUAAACCACCCUGCAAAGUUUUUGUUGUUUUUGUCGUUUUUUCUUUUCUUUGGGAACUUUUCCCCCUCCCGCCCCGAAAAUUCUCUGUUAUCUCUGUCCAUCCCCCAUUCGUAAAAACACUUUUAAAAAUUGCAAUAAAGGUGUGAAAAAUUGCAAAAAAGUGACCCGACCUGACCUUUUAGAACUCAUUAUUUUGCCCCGUCAAUUUUGAAGCAAAACAGUACCUGAAGUGCACUGCUUUGCUCCAAUGCUCCGUCCACUCUUCGUGCUGCUCAUUGCGUGCUCGACGGCGUUCGGCUCCGCGGCUCCGACCCAAGUGGACCAGCUGAAAUUCAGUCUCAAGUUUAGUUGCAUCCAACCGGACCGGACCGCCUUCGACUAUCGCAUCUACGUGUACGAUCAUGACGUCAUGUAAGCGUUUUCAAAAAUUAUUUCGGUUUCAAAGUUUAUUCGAAAAAUUAGAGAUGAAAAAAUUCACAAAUAAUUUCCUACCUUCAGUUCGCCCAACGACUUUCUGAUCUCGACGACUGGGACCGCCUCUCCGGGCACCAACAACACGCUGGUGGUCCUCGUGGCUCAACAGGACGGAGACGAAAGUCUCUCGGACGGGUACAAGCCGUACUACGAGAUUUGGCACACGUGCACCUCGGACGCGAAGGACGUCCGGCUCAUUUUGAUCUCGGACGGAGUGUGUCCCGAAAAGUAGGCGUUUUACGGCGAAAAUUACACCAAAAAGCGCGUUUAAAUCAAUUUUUUUGCAGAAUCUGUCACUUUGGAGAGUACAUUGAUUUGAGCGAUAAUUGGGGAAACUAUCACACGCAUUCGCAGAUCAAACACGAUUUGGAGCCGUUUCCGGAGAUGGAGAAUCAAAGAAAAUGA